GAGAGCAAGAAGCAAAAAAGAGUACCCGAACGGGAGCAACCACAUGAAACAACUUGUCUGAGCCAGUGGCUGUACACGUGGCAUGACUUUAGAUCCACUCGUGAUAUGACCUUCACCUCCUCCCCACCGUCGACGAUGCUGUGCGCAACAACCGACCACAGCUUCUUCAGCUCCCCUCCGCGGCACGCUACCCACACUCUCCCCUGCCCACCGCACGUCAGGACACGCGUAGUCAAGCGAGUCGUCGCCAGCCCCACACCCUCGACCUCCAGCCCGGCGCGUGCGUCCAAGUCGACCCCGGCGUCCCCCCUCUCCACGCCCCCCACCUCGUCCCCCAUCUCGAGCCCCACGCGCAAACGCAAGUCCCCGGCCGCGGACGCCGCCGCCGCGCCGGACGCCCCCCUAGGCGCACACGCAGAACCCGCCGCCGUGCCGCGGCAGGUCAAAAAGCUGCGCGGCGACAAAGAAAAACCGCGCAGGCGCGCCGUGCCGUCCGCCAAGGCCGCACGACGCGCCGCGAGCGAGAACACGUCCGCGCGCUCGACGCCGGAGCCCAUCUACCGCAGCGCGCGGUCGCGCUCGGGGUCGUACUUCUCCGUCGAGACCGGGCUGGCGCCGCAGCGGCGGUCGUGGAGCGCCGAGGCGGAUGCGGGGGACGACCCGCACCAUUUCAGCUCAGAGGACGCGGUUGCGCUGCUCCUGCGGACCUACUGUGGAUACUUUAAGAACCCUGACGAUCUGGCUGACACCUCGUUCAAGCCACAUCCGACCAACUACCCUGUGGUUGAGCUUGAGUACCCGAACUCGAAUGCCGCAGAAAGGUCCAGUAUGCUGCAGUCCAUGCACAAGGACCAUUAUAAUCCUAUCAUGGAUGUCGAGCAGUCGUUAUAUAUGAUAGUUGACCGCUACCUGACGCCUUCCCAGCAGAAGCUCUUUGGGCCAGUCCCAAAAGGUAGCCACUUCACCUGGGAAGAAUCACCCUCGCCGAUCCCCUCUACAUCGUCAGACGUAUCUGACGACGAGGACCACCCUAUGCUGGAGACCGCGCCGGGGCGGCUGCCGCUUCUGCGUCAAGUCCAGCGUGCGAUCCACAUGCGCAACGGGCCCAUGUUCCUGCAGGCCUUCCACGACAUCAACAAGAUCCUGCGCCGGUUCAAGUACCCCGCGCUCCCGCGGACGAACUCGCUGAUGCAGAUGGUGACGAAGUGGACGGACGCGGGGCUCCCGAAGCAGGUGCUCAUGCGUGUGAUCGAGGAGAACUACCAGCGGAGCGUCGGGCCGCAUGUGCAGAAGCUGAAGCACUACGAGGCGUUCUCGAGCGCGGUGUACGGGGAACUUCUCCCGUCGCUCGUCUACGACAUCGUCGUCGCCACGGGGCUCAAAGAGAACUCGCUGUUCCUGGAUCUGGGGAGCGGGGUCGGUAAUGUCGUUGCGCAGGCGAGCUUGCAGUCCGGCUGCAGGAGCUACGGGAUCGAGCUCAAUCCCACGCCGGCGAAAGUGGCGCGGGACAUGGCGGAGCACUUUCGGGUGCGCUGUCGGAUGUGGGGCUUGAGGCUGGGCGAGAUCGAGCUCGAGGAGGGCGAUAUGCUGAAGAGUGCGCGGGUCAACGAGCUGAUCAGCCAGGCCGACGUCGUGUUGGUCGACAACAAGGUCUUUGAACAGAGCCUGAACGAGCAGCUGCGACCUAAAUUCCUAGAUCUGAAAGAGGGCGCCUAUGUCGUGUCGCUGGCGCCGUUUGUGCCUUCUGUGAACGCACGGCUCACGGAACGAAAUGCGAGUGCUUCCCGUUUGGUGGACGACAUCAGCGCGAUCUUCGACGUGACGGAGAUGGAGUACCACUCGGGGAGCGUGUCGUGGGGCAAUAGCGGAGGGACGUACUACAUCCACCGUGUCGACCGCGAGGGAUAUGCCGAGAUCCUGAAACGCUUCGAGAGCUCGCGGGGCGGGGCGCGCCCGGCGCGGCGGCGGGCCUGACGGCGCGAAUGUGUUUCUGUGUGUGUGUACAUUAUCGUGCGUGGCCGGACGAUGGGACUUGGGUGGCCCCCGUCCGGCGCUGCGGUUGUAGCAGUGGGCGGUCGAUGGUGCUCUCUCGCCCCCGCUGCGUUUGAUGGUUUCUGACUUUUGUGUGCGUUAGUAUACCUCCCUGUCCUGCGUAAUUGUUCGUGUACUUUAUUGACUUUUAUUUCUCUGGCCGCGCUCUGUCGUGUGCUUGGCGGUGGAGAAAGCCGCACGUAUCUAUUUAUGUAUCGCACAGAAAUCUGUGAUGGCCCAAGAUGCACGAGAGGCGUUUCACCGCGUCCAUGCUCGACGCACAGCCCCGCCGGCCCUGCAUGCUUAUAACAAGCGGACGGCUGAUGCUGAAGCACGAACCCCCUCAUUCAUGCUUAUGUCACCGCCCUCUGCUCUGCUCGUUGCGUUAUGCCUGAUCUCUCCCGCGCUCGCGUGGAGAGAUUGCGUCAACGGCCUGUGCGUCAGCAGCACGCCACCCCCGAUCUUCAUCGUAGUCAUCGUGAUCAUCGUCGUCCUGGCGGUGUGCUCGUUCGGGUUCGCCGCGCUGCGCUACGCGCGGCUGCGGAGAAUGCAGGGGAUCCGGCAGACACAGUCCACGUAUAUCAUCGGAGGAGCGGGGUAUCCGGCGACGACAAUAUAUACGCCGGACGUGCCGCCUCCGACGUAUUUUCACAGUCCCGGUCACGUGCACCACCAUCACCACCAUGAUCAGACGAUGCAAAUGGCUGCGAUGCAGAACAACAAUACCAUGGGUAUGAAUACGACGGCAGGUGGAUUUUCUGGGCCUUGAGUCUCGGAGGCUGUAUGUAUAGUAUACUGGACUAUUAUUUCUGCAAUGCUGUAUUUCUAUCCACUGAUUCAUGCAUCUUCG